AACGGGAGGAGGGGAUAAGGAAAUUAAACCCUUUAAGUCAAUGCAUAUCGUGGUGACACCGGCACAGGAGCCCUCACGGUGGAGUCGGCCAGGGCUGUGCGUUCCCAAAAUAUGACCAGGGGUGCUUGGAUGUGUCGGCAGUAUGACGACGGGUUAAAAAUCUGGUUGGCGGCACCCCGGGAGAACGAGAAACCGUUCAUCGAUUCAGAGAGGGCUCAGAAAUGGCGACUGUCUCUGGCAUCUCUCUUGUUUUUCACAGUCCUGCUCUCUGAUCACUUGUGGUUCUGCGCCGAGGCCAAGCUGACCCGGACCCGGGACAAGGAGCAGCAGCAGCAGCAGCAGCAGCGGCAGCAGCAGCAGCGGCAGCGGCAACAGCAGCAGCAGCGGCAGCGGCAGCAGGAGCCCUCCUGGCCCGCGCUCCUGGCGAGCAUGGGGGAGUCCUCGCCCGCCGCCCAGGCGCACAGACUCCUCGCCGCCUCCUCGUCCCCCACCCUGCCCCCCUCCCCGGGAGACGGCGGCGGCGGCGGCAAGGGCAGCCGAGGCAGAAACAACCGGGGCAAGGCUCUUAUUCUGGGCAACUCUGCCAAGCCCGUGUGGCGCCUGGAGACCUGUUACCCCCAGGGCGCCUCCUCGGGCCAGUGCUUCACGGUGGAGAGCGCGGACGCAGUGUGCGCCAGGAACUGGAGUCGGGGGGUGGCGGCCGCGGGGGAGGAGCAGCAGGCGAGGGGCACGCAUCCAACUCCGCUCUGGAACUUGUCGGAUUUUUACCUUUCAUUUUGUAAUUCCUACACACUUUGGGAGUUGUUCUCGGGGUUGUCCAGUCCCAACACUUUGAACUGUAGUCUGGAUGUGGUGCUCAAGGAGGGCGGUGAGAUGACCACUUGCAGGCAGUGCGUCGAGGCUUACCAAGACUACGACCACCACGCUCAGGAGAAAUACGAAGAGUUUGAAAGCGUGCUCCAUAAGUACUUACAGUCGGAGGAGUACUCGGUGAAAUCGUGUCCUGAGGACUGUAAGCCCCAUGUGGCUAGUGGCUACCAUGAUGGACAGAAAAUUCUAAAUGACUAUGAUGGCUAUGGAAGUGGAGAAAGCAAGAUUCAAGAGACUUUUCUGAGUUCAAAUUUACCAGUUACUAUAUUAAAAAUUAACAUGUGCUGGGUUGUAGACCGCGUGGAUCCUCUUAGACUGCUGCAGAGGAACUUGAGCCCCUUUGUGUAUAAACCUUUUGGGGAGGACAAGCGGAGAAACCAUUGUAAUGACUCUCCAUCUCCUGAAAACCUCUGGCAGCUUGGUGUAGGAAAAGAGCAUGGGUCUAAAAGUCAGAAACACCUAGAUUCAAAUGGCUGUUCCAUCAAUCCUAUGACGAAUUGGGCACAAGAGUCAAUGCGUGAAUAUUGGCUACUAAAUGAAUUAAAUGAACUGGCAGGAGAAAAUGUCAUAAGAACGACUUCAAGAAACUGCUUACCAGCAUUGCUAACCAGAGAGGGAAGGAAUUCAGUAAGAAAUCUGACCACUGAUGAUGAAUCGUGGGUCCGCUAUGGUACUGGGCCAGCCCAUGGUGUCUGGUAUUUUUCUCCCAGGAGGAUGGCAGUUAUUAACUUACUUUGGGGUGGUGGAGGUCAUCAUGAAUCCUCGCUCUCUGAGAGGGUAAGUAAGACUCAGAAUCGAACACAGAAUCGGAAUCUGAAGUUUGCAGAGUCAGAAAUAAGGCGCCUGCGGAUUCCUGUGGGGGAAGCGUCUAUGUGCUCUCUUUCUGCAAGACAGUGCUGUUAA